AUGCGGUUACUGAAAUGCGCUGCCGCCUUUGCAACCGCGACACUCUUCGCCUCUUCACUAGCCACACCGACGCCACUCAACAGACAUCAAGGAGGAGACAACUUGGCCGAUCGUAUUGAAAGCAGGAAAGGUAAGAAGAAGCCUGAUACCAAGUACUUUCAUGAGCCCGGAGGCAGUAUUACGCUCGGCCACUAUGACAAGCGCUUUUUCAAGGGCAUCGUCUCCGACGAGGAGCGAACGGAUACGCAAUCGCACAUGGUCCGCGCCUACCUAAACUUCUUCCGCGAAAACGAACUCGAUACCUGGAUAGCACACGGGACAUUGCUCGGCUGGUGGUGGAAUGGAAAGCGUCUUCCAUGGGACUUCGAUCUCGACACUCAGGUGUCUGACAGCACACUCCAACACCUCGGCGCAGUACACAACCAGACGAGAUACCACUACACUUCCUACGACGGCGCCGUUCAGCGCGAAUACCUCCUCGACGUCAACCCGUGGAUCUGGGAGCGCGAGCGUGGCGACGGCAUGAACAUUAUUGAUGCGCGAUGGAUCGACCUGCGCAACGGCCUGUUCAUCGACAUAACUGGGUUGAGCGAGACACAUCCAGACAAGAACCCCGGGCAGUGGGUUUGCAAGAACUACCACCGGUACGACACAUCGGAGCUGUAUCCCAUGCGGGAGACCAUGUUCGAGGGCGUCCCGGCGAAGGUGCCGUACAACUACGACAAGAUACUCGUGGACGAGUACAAGGAGAAGGCCCUGAUAGAGACGAACUUCCAUGGACACCGAUGGGAUCCUGAUGUCAAAGAAUGGGUCAAGAAUGAGGAGACGCUAGCCAAGGAGGCAGAAGAGCGCAAGAAGAAAGAAGAAGAGGAGCAGAAGAAGGUGGAGGAAGAGUCAAAACUGGAUUAG